CCCGGAAAUUUAACGUAUGCUUUCGCUAGCUUGUUAGCUCUUGUGACCUGUUGUGUCCUCCAAUAGCUGAGAUUUGACAGCUACCCGAUCCAAGGAUAACACCAUCAAAAUCAUGGUUUUCGAGGAGAAGAUGAUCACGAACGGAGAGCCUGAGGAGGAGGAAGAAGAGGAAGAAGAGGAAAUGGUGGAUCCUAUUGAAACACUGCGGCAGAAGUGUGCAGAGACAGAGCGUUGUGUUCAGACUUGGGAGCGUUUGGAGCAAUGUGAGACCAGAGUUGGCUCACGGUCUUCAACGCAGGAGGAUUGUACUGAGGAGCUGUUUGACUUCCUGCAUGCUCGGGACCGCUGUGUGGCACACAAACUGUUCCAUUCUGUCAAAUGAAGUCCUCUUCAGUAUUUGACCACUGGCUGAUGGCAUUCUUCAUAUUAUCUAGUGAGGAGAACGUGGUUUUAAAUACAUCCAUUGUGGCUCUACUGUAUGUUGUAACUUAAAGUAUAUUAUCUGCUUAUGUGAACAAGUAUUUAACAUGUCUGAGUCAACAUUUCAUUAAAGUGGAUGGCUUGAA